AUGACGAAAAAUAGACUUCUAAUAGAAUCGCGCGAAGCCAAAAAGCAGAAUGAUCCAGACAUAACACUCACUCACAGUGAUUAUAAUUUGUACGAGUGGCAAGCGAUCAUACGGGGCCCAAAAGACUCCCCCUACGAGGGCGGAAAGUGGAAGUUAAGUAUUAAGUGCAAGGGCACGUAUCCUAUAGAUCCCCCCGUGAUAACAUUCGUCACGAAGUUUUUUCAUCCUAACGUGAAUUUCGUAACAGGCGAACUAUGCAUGGAUAUUUUGAAGGCCAACUGGAGCCCAGCAUGGACCAUUCAGUCCCUCUGUCGAGCGAUUCUAUUUUUAUUCACGGAGCCUAAUGCGGAUAGUCCUCUGAAUUGCGACGCAGGUAACCUCCUGCGGUCUGGGGAUAUUAAGGGAUUUCAGUCGAUGGCCAGAAUGUACACGCAUGAAUUCGCUAUGCAGAAUGACUGA